AUCAGAUACCACUACCAUAGCUAAAGCUUUCUCCCCUCAUGACACAUCCUUCAAGCACCCCUUCCAAGGCUUUACCUUCUGCCAUUUCUGAUGCAAGUGUCCAGUCACAGAACAAUCAUUCUGCUGGACACCAUGUUCAAUGGUCAGACCCAUUGGUGUAUACCAGGGGCAUUCCUGCAAGGGAAUCUCAGGGAGCUAAUCCUGCAUUCGCUACUGCUGCUUCAUCUGUUACCUCUGACUACUAUCCUUCCCGACAUGAUACUGGAACUAUUGCAGGUGCUAUGGAGUGUCUGAAUUUAGCACCUACUACCUCUAGUGCAAGUUCUGCCUCGUCUAAUUACAAGCCACCACCUCAAACUUACCAACCACUGUGCCCUCAGCUCACUGGCACAUCUCAAGCUGCUCAUCAAGGUUCCUCCAUCAUUGCCAUGCCCAAGGAUCCAAAUUUGCGCUUCGUUUUUUUGCGCCGAUUACAAGCAGCUCAAGCUAGGGGACCUGUCAAUCCUACUGACUCUAGUGUCAUUCAUGAUAGCUAUGCUACUGCAGAACCCCAAAGCCUGGUGCCAGUGGUAUCUGAGGCAGUGCUCAACCAAUCAAAUGACACUGUGGAGUCUACUACUACUGAUGUCAAUGGCACUCCCCCACUUGUUCCCACAGUCACAGAAGAUAUCAUUGACCUUAGCCUAGGCAAUGCUAAGAAGAAUGGUCUGUUGCAAAAGGAACCUACAAGUCAAAAGGGCACAGAGAAGCAAAGAAAUACUCAGAUCCUAUUGACGUUCAUUGACAUCAAAGCUGACACAGCGAAGCGCCGCCUCGACUUGGAAUCCAGCGAUGCCUCCGAAGGCGGUCCUCAAAAACGCCUAAAGCAGAAAGGAGCGUUACAACCUCGUCUCCACUCAGAUUCAGCCACAAGCGAUGUUUCGCCCGGGCCACGCUCGUCAAUCGAACCGACAUCGUCUUCGGGCAGAUUUUCGUCCAGCAGUGUCGAAGUUACUGAUGAGGUCAUCCCGGACGGUCCGAAAUCCAUAGCGGAUGCAUACAAUAACUGUCCAGAGCCUUCCGUGUCUCUUGAUGACACUCGAGCACCAACGCAUUCGGCGCGAGGGAGUGGGGUUUCGGAUGUGGUGCGCAGUUAUAAGAGGCCGGCCCUGGGUGGGAGUACCGCAGCGUCGAGCAGCAGGGUCAAGGUGGAGGAUAUAGAUAUGGAGGUGUCAGACGACGAGGUCGAAGCUGAUCCUCAGCGAGCAUGGUCCUAUGCGGCGGCGAUCUCCCAAAAAGUGCGUAUGUGGGCGAAAACAUUGAAGAGAAUCCGCCACGCGCGUUUGGAGUCUUUAUUCGAUGAUAACGUGGAGAUUAUGUCUAAAGGCGAGAUUUUGAAUCUGCUGAAAGAGAUCGACGAGAACAAGGACUGGGCUACUCGUGCGGAAGUCGAGGAUGCUCGUCUUGAGAAGCACCUAACCGCUGUGUUGACCGAAUAUCUGAUGAACGGAACGGAAGCCUACAAUAUCGGAACGCGCAUCCUCGACAACUUUGCGCAGCGGUUCCGCGGUGAGAGAUACCCCCAGACACGUAGGUGAAGGUGAAGGGAGGAGAACAGGUUGAAGGAAGGUAACUCGUGGGAUGGCCGCUGCUGCGGGAUCCUGGGUUCCAGAAAUUUCGCAGGCGCCAGCACUCGGUAUGGCCGACGGUAUCCGUUUGUCCGUUUUUGGCGUGUGCUGUUGUCUCACAUUAGCUGUCUCUGCUUUUUUUGUCGUGGUUUUGUGCUUUGUCGUUCUGUGGUUUCAUAUGCACAUAUGCUCUUUGUCGUGGUUUUGUUUUUCGAACGUUGACGUUCACUGUUUUCAUUCACUUUGUGCACUUCAUUAGUACUACCCCCUAACAUGUUCCUUCCGAUUGGCUGCUCUCCUUUUGCAUUAGCUACGUCUCACGAAUGCGCACGCCCAACG